CGCCGUCAUGUCAUCCUGUUGGCAGUGCCCUGAUAAAGCGCAAAGACGUGACUCAGAUAUUGAAAUAAUAAAACUUUCAUCACAACACGGCAUAGAAAACGACGACCGAUCUAUUAUUGUUUUCAGAUAUAGGAAAAAGGAGCUGUAGAGCUCUCUAGCAAACGCUUUUUUACUAGCCAUUACACACAUAGACCGACCGAACGAGAACGUGAUGAGAACCAAGUGCAGGUAUUACCUUGAGUUAGAGAAAAGCGAGUGGAGAGCACAAGAGAAAAGCGAGAGGUCACUACGAAGGCCACAGCGACUUUUUGUAUUGGAAAAUGAGACGUUCCGCUCCUGCAGCUGUGCCGCUGUAGCCGAGGGCUGCCAAGCGUAGAAGUGACAAGCAUGGAAUCACAGACUCGAUACCCACCUCUUUUUGUUUUCUCAGAACACGAUGGAUCGUCCUGAGUAACUUCUUUACCACAAGUUUCUAGAUGUUAUGGAACAGAAUCAUGCCUCUCUUGCUCGCUGGUCAUGUGUCGUGGGGGUGGAUCGCCACGAGGAUGCAGUGGGUGGCCGUUUGUCGUACAGCCUUGGGUCGAGCCGCAAGAUCUUCAUGAUGACGAUAUUAAUUUCGAUUACUCGAAGAAGAGCGCCGCUGUCGUGCACACAUUAAAGGGCGAUGAUGUGGUUCUGGCUAUCUGGAGGAGGCCACCACUUGGUUUUGUUGUCCCGUUGGGCAUGCAACUUUUUCCUGGCGUUCCACCUUGGAGGAUCCUACACCACAAGGCAAGUACAACGUGUAGUCGCCUUCAAGAGCCCGAUUGUGUAUCAGGGAAGGACGCUCGAUCCGUGCGAUGCGGGAACGGAGUUCGACUUGGUGGUGUUCAAGCGGUGGCCCAAAGGCACUUUCGUUGACUCCAUCGGGGGAACGGUUGAGCACUGGACACCCGAAGAAGCGAGGUGCAUGGCGGCCGAUGUGGAAUUCCUAACCCACAUCUGUAGACGCGCCAUGCAAAUAUGGAAUCAGCUGAUUGGUCCAGCCUACUACAACUGCAUGGAUGAAGUGAAGCAUGAAUGCAACGCCGAAUACGAUCAUAAGGAAAGAGAGAAGAGCGCACUGUUGAAAGAUACAGAGGUUCGGGGAGAAAGUAAAAAUGUGGUUGAACAACCAGAGGAUCUUCUGAAGACCAGCACAAGUGAACCUGGGCUGUCGAAGGAGAAAUCUGCAGAAAAUGAGUACCAUGAAGAACGACUGCGUGUUCUCAGUGUAGACGUGUGCAGGAAGUGGCAUCGACGAAGUUGCUCCGGGGAGGUUGUUACACUUUCGACCAUGCGCGAUGGCUAUUUGACUUUGGAUGCUUUUGAGCGCCCUGAUGAAGGCACGCCAGCUGGGACCCUUUCACCAGUGCAAGCCUUACCAUCUGCGUGCUCCUCUGCGGUCCACAAGAAUAUCCUGGAACAGGUUCGGUACGAUUUUCUGAGUGACUACGUGAAGACGCACUAUCGAGAUUUAGAGGUCAAGGGCCUCAGGGCAAAACGAAAGGCGGAUUUCGACUUAGCACAGUAUUUGAAGAAGAGUGGAAUGAUGGGAGCAACACCAACACCUCAGCAAGAAGAAAGUAAAAGCGUUACCGAGCAGGUUGAUACCACCAAAACUUCUGAAAUCCGAGUCCGACAACUAGAACCAGAUGAAGCAUUUGUUUUCGAUGAGCAAGCUGCGGAAAAUCGCGUUGGAUUGUAUCGUGGGAUCGUGAAUUUGAAGUACACGCACAUAAACCCGACCGAGUCCAUGAAUAUGUGGUACGGCGGCUGGCAAGCGGGCCUAAAUUCGCUGACAAAUAUGUGGCUUCUAAAAAAACAGUUUACUGACAGGGAAUACCGGAAAGUACGGGCGAUCGAGCGCGGAAGUGAAGGCACAUCAGAAGCGGUCGCGCACGCGCAGGAACCGGAGUCCCCAAAGGCGGCAUCUACGAAGAUUUUAGAAGCAUACAUUGAAACUCCGACCGAUUGGGUUCAUGGAGCUUGGACAGAGAGGCAGUCCGUGAUUUGUAACCUUGCUGCAAAAAUAGCCGAGGAGAAGCGAGAGCGUGCCGGUCCGGGACAAAAGGUGCUGUUGCGCAUAGCAGAGGUAGGGAUUUAUCUUGGCUUAGCAACUUUGCGUUUUCUAAAUCAGUGCGUGCGUCUUUUCGAUCCGACUUCGCCUGAGCAUGUUCUACUUCAGUACCACGCGAUCGAUCCGUGGUCAGAAUCCGUAGCAGGAUACAACGCUUCCGCGUUUUUCCAAGGGAAGACCCUGGCUGAUGCGGCGAUGCUUCCGAAUGAGACAGAGCGAGAACGCCGAAAAGCAGCAUGGGACGUCUCUUUCUCGAACAUCUAUCAACAGUUCGAGCACAAUCUUAGAACGAAAAUGGAAUGUUCGCACGAGCUCUUCGAGGUACAGUCCCUGCUUCCUAGAAUAUAUAGCUGCGGGAGCAGGGCUUCUAGGUAAAAAAUGAAAAGAAGUCGCGUUGAUCAUGAUUGGCAUGAUCGUGACAGAUAUCAUGCACAUGCUCGAUGCCAAAAAGCACAAAUAUUUUUUCUACAAGGAGAGAACCACCGUUCCUUUUUGAUGUGGUCAAUUCUCCAGAUCGAUCCAGUUUUCUAAAUCCUGACCCCGCUGGAUCUAAUUUUGAAGGUUGAAUACCCCGAUGCGGAGCUUCAGCAGCUUCACGAAGAUCCGAAAAAACGUCAAGUAAUCAAUAGUGACGCUGUUGGAUUCUUCAUUCAUCGCGCCAGUUCCACCGUGGCUGCAACAAGGAUCGAUGAGCUGGAUCUGGUUUUCAUUGACGGGGACCACACUUUGAGCGGUGUUUCUAAAGAUCUCGUGUAUUUCGGCCACAUCGUUCGGCGUACCGGUGGCAUUCUGGCUGGGCAUGACUGGAAUUUGGAGGGGUACGAGUCCGUGGCCGUUGCUGUAACAGCGUAUCGUUUAGGUCUGCACAAGCACGCUCAUCGCAGUUGGUUCGAUGGGCCGAUUCACAUGGAUUCAGAUUACACGUGGUGGAUGCGGAUUCGCGCUGCUGGCUCUUUGUCUUAAGGUCGUGCCCCAGAUCACGAUAUCCUCCAGUUAUCCACAGCGAGGUCAUCUCAUUUUUUUUUAUGACCAGGCAAGCUUCCAUCGUCUUCAAUUUCAUGACUUAUUUUUGUCAAUUUCUUUUACGUCGCGUUCGCUGAGCGUGUGGAUUCCACGUUCAAGCAAAUUUUGAACAGAUGCAGAACUGGACUCGAUUCCUCUCAAUCGUGGCUCCUCUGAAUUUAGAAAUCUAAUGGAGCACUUGUACAUGUACGAGGAACAUGUGCAGCUGGGUCUCCUAGUGGUUAAGGGUCUAUCUUCUGUCUCCUAUUUCCUGGGCUCCGUUGGAGAAACGUCGAGGGGAUUUAGAUUUGAACUCCGGAGAUAAGUAUUCCGAUCGGUGAAUCACAGAUUCAACGGAUUCUUGAG